AUGGCAGGCCGUCUUUCCCUCGUUUUUCUGUGCUCUGCCUUGCCGCUGCUUGUUGCGUCGCAACAGUGCGAUCUGCAAUUCGAUGGUCGGGUACCAUCGAACUUCGUUGCCGCAACAUUUGACAAGGCCAAUAACGUCUUCAACCCGGAUAAUGUUUUCGGGCAGAAUUUGACUCUCAGCCAGGUUGUUCAACUACAGAGCAACCUUUCGUCACUGUUUGAUGACAGGACGGUGCCGGUUGAGGUUACUAUUAAUGACGAGUCUAUAUUUGCACCAAGUGCGACCAACAUUCAGAAUGGUUUCCGUCGUGCAGAGCUACUGAUAGCAAGUAACAAUGGCACGGACGCGUCCACCACUGGCGUGAAGACUUUGCACUUCAGCUUGAAGAAGGACUCUAACCGUCCCCUGAACCUGACUCACGAGUACCAACUGGUCUUCCUAGAGAGCAGCGAUUUCAGUACCAAUCAGGUUGUGUUGAAGACGGGUACUAUUCUCGGCCAAAAUACACCGGAUCCCGACACUCUCCAGCUUUUUGGAAACGUCAACUCGAACCCGGUUCAAACUUUGUUCAGUACACCCUUCACGGCGGGCGUGUUCCACAACUUUGCAGUGACGCUCGAUUUUGGUUCUCUUACAACCCAAGUAUUCUACUCUCAAGGAUGCCAAGCACUUGUUGCGCAAACCGAUGCACUUGCGAAUGAUGUCAGCGGCCAGGGUCAAUUCCAUUUCGGCUUGUUGAAGAAAGGUCUCAACGGGGGAGAUGAUAUUGUUCAUAAUGGUGAACAGGAGGCCGGGAUUAAUGAAGGUAUCAUAUAUGGUGGUAUCUUCGAAGAAGACAGUUCGACUGGCUGUAUCAGUUUGUCUCGGUAA